AUGGAUCAGAUUGUCCAAAUCCGGAUAAUCUUUGGAGAGCAUAGCCGGGGUGGAGUUGGUGCAGUUUCACCGUUACAACCCAUGCCGUGUGAGAUGGUAUCUCGGUGCGCUUUUGGCUUUCUUUUGAUGAUAGUUUACUGGAUGAGUGAAGCACUUCCGCUUCCGGUGACUUCCCUUUUACCAAUUGUGCUAUUUCCUAUUUUGGGAGUAGCCCCUCCCAAAAUACUAGCCGUUCAGUAUUUUAAGGAUGUCAGGUUUAUGUUGAUGGGAGGACUGCUGGUGGCGCUCGCCAUAGAGAAAAGCAAUCUUCACAGACGAUUUGCUCUGAAACUUCUUCUUCUGUUUGGGGUCAGACCUAAGAGACUUUUGCUGGCCUUUGCGGUAGGCACGGGCUUCCUGUCCAUGUGGAUUUCUAACACGGCGGCCACAGCUAUGAUGCUUCCCAUAGCCAGAGCCGUCCUGUGUAGACUCCUCAAGAUUCAGUCCAGAAAGAAACGAGCAGUACACGGUGCUACAGAAGCUCUACUGGGCAGUGACCCACAGCCGAACGAACAAAGCAAAGUCAAUGAAAUGGCGUUAGAAGAAGGUCUACAGAACGCAAACAGUAUUAGAGAAGGCAUUACUAAGAAUGAUAUGGUCGUUGAUGGUCUUAACUACGAAGACGACGAUGAUGAAGAAACAGACUUCUCAAAUCUAGACCCAGAAUCAAAGAACCUGCUAAAAGCCGUCUGUCUGUGCGUCUGUUAUUCUGCAAACUGCGGUGGGAUUGGAACACUGACUGGGACAGGAAAUAACCUGGUAGCAAAAGGUUACAUUGACAAACUCGAAGGCGGAAUGAUUACCUUCACAUCGUGGAUGAUAUUCUCAUUUCCGGUGUCAGCCAUUGGUGUUUUCCUGGUUUGGCUGUGGGUGCAGAUUGUAUUUCUUGGACCAAGUUUCGCUGAGCGUGUUGUUCUGUGCCACUUCGUGCUGUUGAUAAUACUGUGGAUCACACGCAGUCCUGGAUUCUUCUCUGGAUAUGUCGAGCUCUUCAACAAAGGGUAUAUGUCAGGGGCGGUUCCUGCCAUUUUGAUUGCCGUCAGCCUAUUCAUUUUCCCAGUAAGGCGACCGAACAGCUGGUGCUUUCGUCGUAAAGGAGAUACCAGUAUUCCAACGGAGACACCAGGUAUCUUGCAGUGGUCAGAGGUCAGCAAGACUUUUCCCUGGGGGGUUAUCUUUCUUAUUGGCGGUGGAUUCGCCCUUGCUGAGGCAUGCCAGAUAUCUGGGUUAUCCCGAGCCGUGGCUUUACAACUGUCUUUUAUUGGAAAUCUCCCGCUCUGGUUGGCUAGCCUUGUUGUUAUAACAUUGACGUGCUUAGCAACAGAAAUAACCAGCAAUUCCGUCAUAACAACCUUAUUUAUGCCAAUAUUAGCCGAUCUGGCCAUCUCAAUGAAAGUACACCCUUUGUACUUCAUGUUGUCAUCUGCAGUGUCAGCUUCGUUCGCAUUCAUGUUUCCCGUUGCCACGGUUCCCAAUGCUCUGGUCUUCGCAUACGGUGACGUCAGAGUUGUGGAUAUGAUGAAAACUGGAGCCAUUUUAAAUAUUGUCAAUAUCUUCUCUGUGGCAAUGGCUAUCAAUACAUGGGGAACAGCAUAUUUUCAUCUAGAUCAGUUUCCUGACUGGGCUCAAAGGAUGUACAUUGAAGCUGUUGAGCCAGGCCUCAAUGGGACAACAACACAAAUACACGGACUUGUAUACAACACAUCAUCUAGUAUCUUAUGACAUUCUAGCAUGACACGUUAAUAUGAUGCAGCAACUGAUGUCUAAAAAUAGUGUUUUCUGCAUAGGGCAGAGAAUGUUACGUCCCAUUUUAUAAGUUUAUACUUUAAUAACCUCUAUAUUUAAAGAAUAUUCGAAGUAA